UUCCAUUUACUAAGAGAACACAGCACUAGAAGCAUGGUGUAAUAAGAGAUGGCAGGCUGCCCUGCUUAUACUAAAUGUGCAUUGCUGCUUCCUGAAUCUUAUCAACAAGGACACUCUGUGCGUGUAUAUCUUUAUAAAUAAAGCUUCUGUAUUGAAAAUCAAACGGAAAUAGAAGGACGCUCCUAGUUUAUUGGCUUGCGAUCUCCCGGUGUCCUCCCGCCUGAUUGGUCCACCAGUUUCUAGCUUUUGAUUGGAUAUCGUGAUCGGGUCGGAGGUCACGUAGUUUGCUGCUGGGAGGCAAGUUCCGGGUUUGUGCACGUGGAGCGGUAAACACACGUGCAAGUGUGAGCCGGGCAGGGUAAUGCAUCACAGCGAAUCCUAAUUACCAAUCCAGAACUCUGUCUCCGUACAGGCACAGCAUGACGUCAGAGCCAUGGAACCGGCUACAUGUGCCUCGUCCCGCCAUUCAGUCCUCCAUACAGUUACCACUGGGAACAGAUACAGGUGAAGUACCGUGAUAUCAUGGUCAUUACUGGAUGGUGCACGGGCUGUGGCAGAACACUGUACAUUCUAACUGUAAACAAUGACACUCUAGAAACUCUGUAAGUAACCCUCUGACAGCACUGUGCAUCAAGCCACCUCACUUUUGGAGCUUUUCAUAAAGUUAAAAUCUCUAUGGAAAAACUAUUUUCAACACGUACACAAGAGACAAUGUAUGUAAUUGUCAAUCUUUGGCAAAAGGCAACAUUUUUGUUGCCAUUGUCCCAUCACCUGUGGGUUGUGAUGGGAACAGGUGUCCCCUUGCACGUAAGCGAUCAAUAAUAUAAUUUGGUGCAUGUGUCAACCAUCAUUAAGAAUAAAAAAAACAAACACACAAAAAAAACCUGUUUAUCUGAUCUCCACUUUCAAAUUAUGAAGAGAAAAAAAAAUUUAAAAUACUUAACACAGUCAUUGCGCAAUAUGUAUGUACAACACCAACUUUUAAGCAAAAAGAAAUGCUCACAUUUAGAGUGUAAUGCAGGUGCUACUCUCACUUGAAAGGAUCCAGCACAGCUCCAGGUUUUAACUAGGAAUCCUGCAGCAGAGUAUGUAAUUUAUUAAAAGAACAUAAUUGAAGCCCUUACAUUUAAUGCUAAAACAACCAUCUCAUCUGCUCAGGUCAUAGAAACUCAUGGUCCUGUUCAGUAUAUUUAAUAAGGUUUAAUGCCAUUUUCAUAUUAUGGACACUGCAAGCUCUUCUAAAGAUAUAUUGAGGAUAUAUCCAGUAUAAUCAAAGAGAUGACCCAUUUCACUUGAAAUCUGUUUCCUCAAAAGUCUUUUUUAUGCACAUCAGUAGUUACUUGAGUUCAUGUCGUACUGUUUUGGAGCAGUAUGUACUUACCGGUAAUUACCUAUAUUAAAAAAAAUACACUGUAUUUACCCAGAUCACCACAUCCCAAGAUAUUUAAAAAAAAAAAAAAAAAGUGGCUUACCCCUCUAGGUCUUGAUAGGAAUGUGCAUGACAAGUGUGUGUGUGUGUGUGUGUGUGUGUGUGUAUAUAUAUAUAUAUAUAUAUAUAUAUAUUAGUGUAGAUGAUAAUUAUGACCAUUCUAGUUAUGAGAACAAUGGGUUACUCACAUUUAAAAGGGCCUAUAAAAUUGGCUCUGUAAAUACAGCUAGUACGCUCUAAGGGCAGCAUCCCACCACUCUUCUAUGCUGAUAUUAACUCUGGCAAGAUAAAAGGGAGAGACAUCCAAUGUGUGGUUCAAUUAAUAAAAUACCAAAAAAGUAUAAUAUGGGUAUUAAGCACACCUUUUUCAGAGCCUUAGAAUCCUGGCUCUGAGGGUAACAAGUUUUGGGCCAAUGUAAAGGGGAUGGUACCACCCGAAUUAAGAUUCUUGAGGCUUCAGAGGACUUUUUUAAAGUGCUAAUAAAUUUAUUGUGCAAGAAACUUUUAAAACACAUACAAUUUAAAUAGACAAAUAGAAUAUACACUUAUAAAAGAAAGUGUUGAAUGUAACCAAAAGGUGUUUCAGCUGUGAUCUGAUCCCAUGAAUGUUCAGUUUUUUUUUUUUUUUUAAACUACAUGUGACCCUAGAGGAGGGUCCAAAUGACAUAGUCCAGUUAUCCAAUUCUGAUCUCCUUUACCUAUACCAGGAACUGCAAUAAUUAACAUUGCAGGGUUAAGGAGACAGGGACAUUGCACCCAGACCAUUUCAAUGAGAUGAAGUGGUCUGGGUGCCUAUAGCGUCCCUUUAACAACACAAUCUACAUUAUUUUAGUUGUGAAUAAAGAUUCAUAUUUAUUUUUUCUCCCUUUCAUUAGAAAAGCACAUAAAGCAUGUUAUUGAAAGAAGUCUCGCUGUACAGUCAUCCUUGAGGAGCCACAUCCUAAAGACAGAGAUUGCUGCCCUGCAUUCUCUGCUUUAUGUAUUUCACCACCGCCUGAGUUUGCAUAAACCAUAUUUGGCUUUAAAACAGGUACAAUGAUUGUAAUGACUUUGAUUAAAAUUUUGGUUUGUUUGUUUUUUAUUUUUUUUAUUUUUUUCCCUCUUUAAAAAAAAAAAAGUCACCUAAGAGCAAUGAUUUAUGGCUCGUGCUAUUUUAAAAUGCUAACUCUGUUAUUUUAUCUAUAUUUGUUUUCUGUUUUUAAUCAGGUAGACCAGUGCAUAAAACGUAUUGAAUCUAUGGGAUUGGAUGGAUCUAUCCAAGAGAUACUAGAAUUGUGUCCCUAUUAUAUUGGGUAAGGAUUGUGUAGAUUUUGACUAUAAUUUUUUUUUUUUUUUUUCUAAUAGUCCAAAUUCAGGCCCACCAAGUUUGUGAAGGACUGAGUGCAGUUGGUGGGCAAAUCCAUGAUGCAAAUAGCAUUAACUAAUGAGGUGUCUGUUAGUAGUUUUUCAAAUUGGUUUGCAUGAGGUCAAGGCUACCCAUAAACUACAGAAAUUAAGUUAAACAUGCACUUGUGCUACACUUUAUAACAGUGUUCCAUGUGACAAAGCUACAUUAUUAGUUGUUUGGGAAGAUUGUUUAGAACUUGUGUGAUCAUAUGAUUUGACAAACCUGCAAAUAAUUUUCAGUUAUCCUCUCAUUUACUAGUUGGUGUAAUGUGUGACCAUUCGUCAGUCUUUUAUUCUCAAUGUACCUUUGGAUAUUCCUAAUAAUAUCGUUUGCAGCAGCAGAUAUUUUGCUGCAUUUGGUUUGUCAUCCAUUUAAGUUUCAAGUGUAUAAGUUUCACUUAGUGAGUCAACAGGUUAUUUGGCCAAUAUUGAACUUCUAAAACCAUAUCACUUACUUUGCAAAUCAGCAUAACUUAACUGUUUAGAGAAAUACUUGUUUGGCAUAGCCCUUCCCUUAACCCUUGCUCUAUAUAAAAUGUUCUACACUUGUAUAAUAAUGCCAUGUUAUAUGUAUUUGAUGCUUUUCUAUGCUUGGCUUACAAUUCUUAAAUCCAAGCCUUCACCUAGCAUCUAAUUACUUAUGCCUUCUAUUCAAAAAUACUUAUUUGUGAUGGCCUUAAAAAUUAGAUGUAUAAACUAUAUGUCUCUGUCCUGUAACUGGGCACUUGGUAGUCAGCAUAAAAUAUUUAAAUUCUCCUGUUUAAUAAAUGUUUUCUCUGUUUCUCCUUUUUUGCAAUAAAUGCUCUCUCUCUGCCUGGACGAAUUGGCUAGUGAUGUAAUUUGUUAAAUGUUUAAUACAAAAGUUAAACUGAUCAUAUUUGAGGUGAAUAAAUUGGGUAAAGGAGACCUCCAAUGAACCAUAGAGAAUGGCUCUAUACAGCAAAGCAGGGCUGCGCUCAUUGCCUGAGAGAAUGUGUGCUCUCAGCCAAUGAGCAUUGUUUUGCAGUGGCUAUUUUUUUCUUUUUUUUUCUACAGGACAAUUCACAGAUUUUACUAUUACCAUGACGUAAAGUCAUGAUUUUAUUAAUGACACGGAGGCGAGUAUUAUGCUGCACUCUUUCUUUAUUUCCCUCAGCAGCAAAGAAAAAAACUUUAUAAACAUAACCAAUAAUAACAUUAACAGUCUCAGGUGUAAUCUUCCUAGUAACAGGAACAGCCAAUCAGGAUCCACUUCUCCAGCAUAAUAGGCUCUGUCAACCAAUCCUGUUCCUCUUUGUUUGCAAUCCCGAAGAAGUAUAAUUAUCCAAUAAAACGUUGAACUGCAUAGAACAUGGUAUUCCUGGAAUAGAUGGGCAGAUUAUGCUGUAAAAGAGGAAAAAUAUGGUGAUAUCUUAGCAUAAAACUUAGUGUAUGCAUAGUUAUAGGUGUUCAAGAUAGUGUUUGGUCAGUGUUGUGUCCAAGAGAGUAUUGUUGUGUAACCUAUAAAUGUGGGUGACCAGCUAGGUAAGCAGUGAUCGUAACUAAACUUACCUUGAUCGAAGUAUAACUAGACUGUAACCAUCUGGCGAUUACAACUGUAACAACUAGACAUGGUAAAAUGACUUACCGUAGGUCAACUUACCCAACUUCCGUCUAUCCUUCCCCCGUCGCCGGGUGGGAGGGAUAAUACUCGCCUCCGUGUCAUUAAUAAAAUCAUGACUUUACGUCAUGGUAAUAGUAAAAUCUGUGAAUUUUAUUAAGACACGGAGGCUCCUAUUAUGCUGGUUGAAAGCUGAGAAACCACCGUUCCUGCAAAGUGGUGUAUUGGUUUGAAGUAAAAGUCACGGAAGGUAGAUUCUGAAGACCAGUCGGCUGCUUUCAGAAUGUCUUCCAGGCGGCAACCCAUCGAAGAGGCUUUGGAAGCCAUUGCUCCUCGUAUGGAAUGUGGCGAAAAUAUGGAAGUGUCUAUGCCUGCCGUAGCCACGAUCCAUUUGACCCAGCGAGCCAGGGUCGUGGUAGACACAGGUAGGUGUGGUCUCUGGAAGGAGAUGAAGAGUUCAUGCCUAGAUGGGUCCCGCAACGCCUUGGUGCGAAGUUCAUAGGUUCGCAGACAUUGAACCGGACACAAAAGAGGUUUGUCAGGAAAGGCUGGAUAUGUCACCUUCUUCGUAGAGGUUUUUGUUCUCCGAGAUAUAUCGAAAGUGACCCCUUCUGGAGUGUAGGACCGUGCGGUGACGUCUAAGGCUCUAACAUCUGAGACCCGUUUGCAGGAUAUGAGACAUAGGAGCAUAACCAGUUUCGCCGACAGGUGUUUCAGAGAUAGUGUUGCGUUAUCUGGCCAAGAUUCGAGGAAGUUGAGGAUGAUGGAGACGUCCCACAGUACGGAAUAGCGUGGUAGCGGAGGUCUUGUGACUCUGAUGCCGCGCAAGAGUCGGCAUAUCAGUGGAUGGCGUCCUAUCGGUGCGCCCUCGAUGCCUUGGUGUGAGUUUGAAAUGGCCGAUCUGUAGAGGUUCACCGUGCGAUAUGCUUUGCCGCUUUCAAAUAAGGAGGUUAAGAAUUGCAGGAUCGAAGUCAGAGGAGCUGAUAUGGGAUCCAAAUUCCGUUCCAUGCACCAAUCGUGCCAUUUGCGCCAAGCAGAUUUAUAAGCUUGUCUCGUGCCGGGUGCCCAUGCGCUCUCGAGAUGUUGGAGAGUCGAUUCCGAAAUUCCUUCGAUUGAGUAAGGUUCCCGGAAAUCAGCCACACCGUGAGGUGUAAUAAGUCUUGCUGAAUCAGGGGGUGGGGGCACCCGUCCGGGUCUCGAAGUAGGUAGUCGAAGUGUGGGAGAGUACGGGGUACGUCUAUCGCCAUCUCCAACAGGGAAGGAAACCAUGGUUGAGACGGCCAUAAUGGCGCCACGAGCACUGCCGUUCCCGUCUGUCGCCGUAGUUGUAGCAGGCAGCGGGGAAUCAACGCAAAGGGAGGAAACGCGUAGUUCCUUUUGGAGGACCAGUCCUGAGUAAAGGCAUCUGUUGCCAGCGCUGCCGGGUCCGGUCUCCAGCUGAAAAAUCUGGGGAGUUGGGUGUUCAAACGGGAAGCGAACAAGUCCUUGUCCAGAGGACCCCAUAGGGACUGGAUGUCUUGGAAGACCCUGGGUUCCAGGUGCCAGUCGCUGGAAUCCCUGAGGUGCCUUGAGUACCAAUCCGCCGUGGUAUUGUUGAGGCCCGGAAUGUACUCUGCUGUGACCGAAAUGCCGUGUGCCAGGCAAAACUGCCAAAAGUCUCGUGCCAAAUUCGCCAGGACCUUCGAUUUCGUGCCGCCCAAGUGAUUUAUAUAACGGACUGCCGAUACAUUGUCCAUCCUUAAAAGGAUGGCACAUCGGGCUUGAGUUGGAGAAAAACUGCGGAUUGCAAAAGAACCGGCCAGGAGUUCUAGGCAAUUGAUGUGAAGCAUCGACUCCACUUCGGACCACCUGCCACCGGUAGAAACAGUGCCACAGCGUGCGCCCCAGCCGUGCAAGCUCGCAUCGGAUUCUAUGAUCAUAUCCGGUUGGGUACCGAAAAUGGCUCGGCCAUUCCAGGCGUCCAUAUGGGAUAGCCACCAUCUGAGUUCUGUCUUUGCUUCUGUAUCCAGAGCGAUCAUGUCCGUGUAUGCGGUCCCGUCUCUCAAAUGGGAGGCUUGUAGGCGCUGUAGCGCUCGAUAGUGUAAAGGGCCCGGGAAAAUGGCCUGUAUGGAAGCCGCCAAGAGGCCGACCACUCUUGCCAAUUGUUUUAGGGAGAUCAGGGGGGUCGUCAGAGUACGCCUGAUUUCCUUCUUCAUGGUGGUCAGUUUCGCUGCCGGCAGUUGUAGGGUCUGUAGAGUGGAGUCCACGAUGAGACCCAAAAACUCUAUGUGUCGUGUAGGGGUUAGGAUGGAUUUUUUCCAAUUGAUAAGGAAACCCAAAUUUUGCAAAAGAGUCUGAGUCCAUGACAGAUGGGUGUCGAGAAUGUGGUUGGAACGACCCAUGAUAAGGAUGUCGUCCAAGUAGAUUAUGAGACGAACCCCUCGACUUCGAAGCAGAGCCACCACGGGCUUCAUAAGUUUGGUGAAACACCAUGGGGCUGAGGACAGACCGAAAGGGAGACAGGUGAAUCUCCAUUUCCUUCCUUGCCAUAUGAAUUGGAGGAAGUCCUGGUGCUGACGUGCGAUUGGUAUCGUAAGAUAGGCGUCCUGUAGGUCUAACUUGACCAUCCAGUCCAACGGUUGGAGGAGAUCUCGGAGGCAGUGUAUGCCCUCCAUUUUGAAGUGGUUGUAGGCCACGAAAGUGUUGAGCUGUUUCAAGUUGAUAACUGGGCGGACGCCGCCGCCUUUUUUGGCAACUAAGAAUAGGUUGCUUACGUACCCUGGGGUAGCCAUAGGGAUCUCUAAGAUGGCCUGUUUGUGUGCCAAUUCUGAAACCUCCUUGGUUACAAGGGAGGCGUCUUGGUGAGAAAACAGCAUUCCCCGUGGCGGGGAGAGUUGUAUCGGGAGGGAUAUGAACUCUAAGGUGUACCCUCUGACCGUGUUCAGUACCCAAGCAUCUGACGAGAUGUGUGACCAUACAUGGGAAAAAUGUCGGAGUCUGCCCCCCACUGCCCAUAGGGAAGAAGGAAAUAGGAGAGCACUUACCAUAAGGUCGUCUGCCUGGGCGGGAGCCACGUGGUCCACGAGCCACCCAUGGUCGCCCACGUUGUGGGAAGAAAACCGGGGUGUUGCGGUGCUCCGUGAAGGAGGCAUGUCCAGUGUAGGAGCCACGGCUCUGUCGGAACGAGCCCCUAUUGACACGGCCGGACAGACGGCUCCUGGCUCUUCCGGCCCACCAAAAACCUUAGGUUGGAAAAUCUUGCGCAUGUUUGACUGCGCUUUGUCUAGGGCAGUGAAAGUAUGAACAAAGGAGCCAAGCUCCUUGACAAAGUUGUCUCCGAACAGGAGGCCACGGGCCUGGGCGCCCGGUUCGGUUAUAGCCAUGUUCACCAGUUUUGGUUCUAUCUUUAAUAAGAUCGCUUUGCGACGCUCUGUGGCCACCGCACAGUUGGCAUUGCCGAUCAGGCAAAUCACUCUUUGUAUCCAACCACUUAUGGCGGAACGAUCUAAUUCUUGGUCACUUUCGACCAUAUCAAAAAUUUUUGUUGCCGGGCCCAAUAUGUCUAAUAUCUUGUCCUGGUAGUUGCGCAGGGAGAAAUCAAGGCCCUUAUUAGGCUUCCAGCCAGUCUUGCCCAAGAAUUGAAUGAUUUUCGGGUCAACUGCAGGUGUUCUGCAGGCCUCGUCAGGGACAGUGGGGCGUGGGCAUUCUGCCCGCAGUUUGCUUCGUGUCACCUUAUUUAAAGGUUUGCGAGUCCGCGAUGCCACGUAUUUGGCCACAUGGGCCGAAGGUGACCAGUCCGCUGACCUUGGAUGACGUAGGUCAUCGGGGUCGAACAGAGGUUCCCCGUAGGGGUCAACUAAUCUGGUGGCAUCGUCUGGUACUUUAAGCUCCAUGUCAUACGACUCAGAUGGAGGUGCAAUCUGUGCACUCGGGUCAUGGUCGUCGACCAUACCCUCUGAUUGGGGAUCUGAUGGAUCCUCCGAAUCCAUAUCAGUGACCUCUUCAAUCUCGCUGAGAUCAGACUCAGAUUCUAGUUGGGCUUUUGCCCGCUUCCAUAACCUAGCCGAUUUUGCCCGGCUAGUGGCUCUUUUGCGCGGUGGUAUAUUAGGCGCGCCAUCUGUGACAGGUGUGUAGCUGUCCAUCUGUGAGAUUGAAGAGUGUUUAGUUUUUGCAGUGGCCUUGCGGCCAAUGUGAGGUUGGGAAGGGGUUACUGCAGGCAAAGCAUGGGUAGCGACCGGUUGGGUCGACUUUUGUGCCCCAAGUAUAGCGUGAGUAAUAGUCUGUGAUAGAGAUUCAGACAUCAGUCCCAUUGCUGAUGUGAGGGCCUUAGUCACCACAUGGGACAUGGUGUUGUCAAACAUAAGCUGCAUAUCAGCAGUAGAGUCAAAAUCAGCGGGGAUAGUUGCCCCAAUUUCAGGUACCCCUGGGGGUGUUUUAACAGACCCCAAAUUAUUGAUAAGAGACCCAGAGGGUACAUCUUUGUCCCCAGGCAUAUUAUGUAUACCACUGGCCCUUUAAAUAAAUGAACUGAGCUGACCUAGAUGGGUUGAGUAACCCAAAGAGAGAAAGGGGAAAUAUACCUUUAAGAGAAAAACGAGUACUCACAAAACAAGAAGCACAAUUAAAUGACAGGUGAGGAGGGGGGCAAGGAGCCGUCCGACCGCCACUGUAGCUGCAACCCAACUCCGAGGACCGGGAGUUGGGGGUGGAGCUACGUGCCGCGCGCGGGAAAAAACAGAAAAUGGCCGCCGGAGCGGUGCAGAGGGACAGAGAGUCCGGUAAGCCCUGCUCGCGGCGAAAUGUGUAGCGCUCAGCGCGCACAAGCACGCCGCGAGCAGGGAGCUGAUAGCUGAGCUCAGUGAGCUCUUUAGUCGGCGGUCGGGCACGGCAGGGGGAGGAGGAGGGCGCGAAGCGCCGGGUGCGGCUCCAGCCGACGUCCCCGAGCCCCUGCAAAAUUAGGAUCUGAGGGGCGAUCGGCUGGAGCGGGGGAAAACUUAAAGGGGGUCAGAAAAUUCAGCAGAUAAAAUAAUAAAGGGGCAUCUAUGAAGGAUGUCCCUAGAAAUGUAUUCCACAGUAGCACACAAUAAUACCAAGUAAUCAAGUAAUAAAGUAAUAUAUAUAAAAUUAAUACUAUAAAAUUAAUACUAGGAAAUUAAUGCUAGGAAAAUAAUACAAUAUAAUAUUAAUACAAUAUAAAAGUAAUUCAAUAUAAAACUAAUCCCACAGUUAAGGAGCCUGAGGGAUCAGAUAUACUUAACUGAGGGAGCAGCAAAGAAAGAGGAACAGGAUUGGUUGACAGAGCCUAUUAUGCUGGAGAAGUGGAUCCUGAUUGGCUGUUCCUGUUACUAGGAAGAUUACACCUGAGACUGUUAAUGUUAUUAUUGGUUAUGUUUAUAAAGUUUUUUUCUUUGCUGCUGAGGGAAAUAAAGAAAGAGUGCAGCAUAAUAGGAGCCUCCGUGUCUUAAUAAAAGCAGCAUUUCUUGCCUAAUGCAACCACAGUUGUCUGGUGGGACCCCAGGUAAGUUGUCGAACUUGUUAAAACGGUUUGACAUCUUACCAUGGCCUUCCAGGCACCAUAAUCAUUACAGCGGGCUGCAACACAAGUUACAGUUGAUUUUCAGUGUUUUCUCGAUUGUGUAAUCUCCAGAGAAGUGACUGCUCUAUAACAAUGUGUGGAAGCCAGUAAAUUUUAAACGCAUGAAUAACCUCCCUUGCAGGGUUAGUCAAUAAACUCCGAAUUGCAGUGAAUUUAAAAUAUGAAUAGCAAACCUGAUGCAAAAUAGCUAAGUUGUUGAAACCGCUAAUUUUGGCUCGGUUUUCCAUUCAGCUUUAAUUUGUAAAAAAAAAAAAUGUAAGUUUAGUAAUUAAUUCUGUUGGUAGAGCCAGUGAGUUUGUGAAUGUAGCUGUGUUUUUCCAUUUAAGGUCAUUGCAGGCCCAUAUUUUCAUUCAUUUAACUAUCCCAGCUCUUACUUGUUUUCAAUUUACUACAAUUUCCUGUCUAGGGAAUAAAUCUGAUUUGCAAAACAUAUGCAAAUACGUGCAAUUUUGAAACAAAAAAAUCCUGUUGCAGCUAUUUUACCUUACAUUUUUUGCAAUUCUUUUUUUUUUUUUUUUAUAUUCUUUAUUUUUCUGUGCACAAAAGAGAGGCAUAUACAGUCUUGCAUUGCUCCAAAAGCAUCUACAGUAUUAACAUUGUUCAAGAAAAUACAGUUGUAAGGCAUGGUGAUGGUGAACAAUUGCACAUUUUUUUUUAUGCUAUGGUUAAGUGAAACUAAACUAACCAGUCUAGACAUGAGACACGUUCUAAUCUGGUCAGAAGUGUUGACUAACUGGACAGGUUGAUAAGAGUCAGAAGAAUAGUUACUUAAGUAUGAGUUAAUCACAAGCCUGGCACAUAUGUCUAGCUAUGAAAAUUGAACAAAUGCUUGCAGUAAUAAGAGCUACUAGACAUUGUAGUUGCGAAAUGCUGAUAUGCUUUACAAAACUUACAGAAGUAAAAUACUACAGAUUCGCUAUGCAUAAGUGAAACGUAACAUUCAGGCUAAAUGAACACGAUGUGUGAGCCUCUGGUACCCCCUACGUCUGCCAGCCUCUGCCCUGUUUAAGAUAAGCCAUUCUUAGAUGCUGAAGAUAUCGGCCCAGUACCGAUCAUAAAUAUAAACAUGUCAGCAGAAACAUAACACAGUUAUUCAUUUAACUAUCCCAAAUUAAAAUUAUAAGAACGAUUUAUGGUGAGAAUUGUAGGCUCAGAGGCGUCUUGGAUGGCGUCAGCGGCCAGCAAGAAGACUCCAAAGCGACCUUCGUUAUAGGCCUUGGAAUAUGAGUCCAACAUCAGCUGACACCGGUGCCCGGGAUCCAACAAAGGCUGCUAAGGUGUAUGCCAGGAGUGGAAUAAGGCUUCCCUUCAGCCCCAUUCCUUGAUGCAGGCCUGCAUCCUUGUACCACGGCCUCGGUAACUUGUGACUUAGUCCAAGUUCUCCUUGUUUCCCCGUCCGCCACCAUCUCGCUCCCAGCCGGUGCUGCAAUCAAUUGGGCCUCUAGCUUCGCCCAGAAUUGGUCAAAUGUCUCGUUGAUGCGCCGUAUCACUGGGUCAAUUGCGCUCUGUUGAGGCUGUACAUUGUGUGUGAUCCCAAGCUUGUGUGGUGAGCGUUAAUCCGCCAUCUUGGAUGCCUUUACAGCGUUUGGGAUCAGGGCUGUGAUGGCUGCUUGCAGGUGUGCUAGGCAGGACAGGAGGCUAGUGGGCACCGGAAUAACUCCUGCCGGUCCAGGGGGGUGGGGGGACAGCUAGAGAUGGGGAUCACACGGCCAGCCAAAGAACCGGGAGAGCGGUCUUCUACCAACAGUGCAGAUCUCGAUUUGGACAAUCUGCGUCAAAGGGGCUCAGAAAGCCUAUCCCCAGAUGCAGCGAUGUCCCUGUGACAUGAGGACUGCUAACUGCGUUCCCCCCCCCCAAACACUCACCAUAGAUAUUGGGAUAAUGCUUCUUUAUGAGGAGAUUUUAAUUGAUGUGACGAUUGCUGCACAUGUGCCAUAAGGCCCCAAUAAUUCUCUAUUGGGAUGCAUUGGAUUGGCUGAUAUCAAAAGUAUUAUCGGCCAGGGGAAUUGUAGCAGCGAUGAUGAAACCUGCGCAGCCGUGGUUAAAGGUGAGAUUUAUUUAUUUUUAUGGUUAUGAGCAGACACAAUAUCUAAAAUUAAGAGCCAGAUGCCGCCUGUGGGGAGUGGUUAUUGUCACUGGAGGCAACUUUGGGGUUAAAGCAAUCGAGAAUGGUUAACCUCUUGAGGCAAGAGUGCCUCCGGGGUAUUCUGGCACUAUAACAACUUCAUUUGGAUGAAGUUGUUUUUGUGUCUGGUGCGUUUCUUUAAGUACCUUUUUAGAAAUACAAUACAUUUAAUCACAAAGGAGGCUCAUGCAGGGUCUUAGAGGCAAUUAAAAUAGCAGGAGAUAAGAAAUUCUAAAUUAAACAGAAUGAGCAGUAAAUGACAUUUUGAGAUCUCUCAUUACAGAAAGUGUUUAGUAACACUGCAAGUCAAGGAGUUGUGACUACGGCUUUAUAAAACAGUGAUUUAAUAACUCCUAAAUGACAUUGAAUUGUGCAGUUGGACUGCAGGAGCUAUACAAGAAAACUGCUGUGUCCCUUUAAUCACUAUAAUGCUUAAUCACAAAUGUAUUGUAUGCUUAUUAUGUAGUUUGAGUAUUCUUUAAAAUACUAUUGUACAGUAAAUGGUCAUUCAUGAGGGCAAUGUCAUCUUUGACUGUUAUAUUUUUAUGAAAUGUUGUUUUCUUAUGCUACUGUCAUUUUCCCUGUUUUUGUAUAGGAAGAAUGAAUCUGAAACAACACAGUAUUAUUCUGUACCCAGUCAGCCUAUUAUUGAGCUUGCUUCUGUGAAAAUUGUUGGUGCCUGCAAGUUACUACUGCGUCUUUUGGACUGCUGCUGUAAAACUUUCCAGUAUCCUUUUAAUUUGACGAGACCGCCAUUAAAUCAUAAUAUGAUAGGAAUAAGGUUUAACUUAUUUAAUUUAUAUUUGGUUCGUUGUGGAAAAUAGCAUCCCAAAUAGCAUAGCUCUUUUGGACAAAGCUGUUAAGGGGAUGUAAAACCAUUUCUUUUUUUUUUUUUUUGAAUUCUUUAUUUUUGUUGUGCAUGGUUUGACAGUAGGAUAUACGUUGCCACAACAGCAAACAUAAUCACAUCAAUAACAUAGAUGUACACAUAUGUGGCAUAGAAGUGAAAGCACAUUUUUAAAACAUUUUUUAAACGUAGUAAGGCAAUCUAGUGGUAUAUGUUAUGCAAGUAUCAACAAUAGUUAGAUUAUGGUAAGGCUUAUGGCAUUGCUUUUCUGAGAAGGGUAAAUAUUUAUGCCAUAGUGACAGGAGCUUAAAGUCAGAUAGUAGUAGUCAGAGAAGAGACAAAAAGGGAAAGCAUUGGAUGUACAUUCUUCUUAGCAAUGGAUUUUUAACGUUGUGAAUCAUAUAUGUCUGCAUGUAAGACCAAGUAGAAAAUUUAUAAGCAAUAGACCACUGACAUGAGGGGUAUUAACUUAAAUGGUCGUGUGAGCCAGUAGGCAAGUGACCACUGGAGUCGAGCAGGACCCCGCGCAGCUACAAAGCUCUGGGUGGGGUCUGGUGGGGAGAAGAGGCCAAAAAGGGCAAAGUGGCAGCGGUGUACCGCUGUGCAUCUUAGGUCUGAAGCUGCCAGUGGGUUACGUGUAGCUGCUGUUUCUAACAAAGUCCACAUGUUUUGGGGCUGCGGGUGUCUCUGUGCUUGCAUGCCAGGAUCAGUCUUCCUAGACCCCGGUCUGGUACCCCAGCUGCUCGGCACAUAACGAGAGAAUUGAGGUACGUCCUGUUCCGACUGCUUAGCUCCAGUUGGUAGAUACACGCUGCGAACAUGGCUCCGUUGCUCGCCACGUGUGUCCGGCCCCCCCCCAGAGAGGGUCUGUUGCUGGCGGCGGAUCCAGUUACUUGCACGGUCUCCCUCUCUCCCAGCGCUGUAUCCCUCGAGUAUCUGGCUUUGGGGACCUCCGCCGGAGUGGUUGGCUUGGUCGCAGCUUAGAGAGACUCCGUGUUGUAGGGGUAGAUGGUGGAGAGUCAGAAGCUGCCGCCAUCUUGCAAGGUUAGCCUCGGAUGUUUCUUGUGCCCCAGCCUCACCACCUCUCUUCUCAGUGGGGACCGGGAUGACCCCCCCGGCCCAAAGGGGGGGGAAACGGGACCGGCAAGCUGCUCUGGCAAUCAGCGUGUGGCAGCUGGAAAGGGAGGCCUGGCAGCGGCCGUCCACCUCGCUCCCCUCCCGAGUAGGCCGCAGCCCUCGAAGCUUCGGUCUUCCACUAUGGGGUCCAAAGCUCCCGAUCUCAGGGUCCGCUACCUCUCCCACAGCCGUGUGUAUUUUGUAGGCUUGUCGGUUAUCAUAAUAAUCUGCCAUUUGUAGCUUAAGAGGCCCGAUCGCUCCGGAGCCUCUCCUGCAUGCGACCGGUUAGCAUGGCGGUCCGGCCCCGCCCCCGUAAAACCAUUUCUGAUAAAAAUCUAAAGGUUUUCUGGAAAACAUAUGAAUAGGCCACUGUUUUCUUUAGAUUGUGUUUAAAAUGUCAGCCUUUAAAUGGACCCUCCAAGCACCCAGACUACAUCUGCCCAUUGGAGUGGUCUGGGUGCCAACUUCCGUCACCUUUAAACCUGCAAGUGUAAUUAUUUCAAAUGGAAUUGUUUUCCUUGCACUGGAGAGUCCCUUUAAUUGAACUAGAACAUACAUGCUUUAAUUAGAGUGCUUAUAUCACAGGUUUUAGAAUCAUUAAAAGUUCUUAGAAAAACCAGAAAAAAUAGGUACCUGGAGCAUGGGAGAGUGUGCAGAAGUUUCAUGCAUUUGUCGAAAUGUGUUUAAGUUUAUUGUGGUCCACUCCUAUGAACCAAACCUUAAAAAAUAUUUAAAGUGUGUGUAUGUGUAUAUAUGUAUGUGUAUUAUACACAUACAUACAUAUUUGUUUAGUGUUUUCUGACAUGCCAGUUUGACUUCUUCUAUCGUUAAUAUUUUGCUAUGUAGAAAAAAAAAUUGUGUUUAAACUACAUUUAAGUGUUGCUAAUCUGUUUACCUUAAUUCAGUCUUCAGUUUAUGUAUACAGCAUCUGUACCAUGAGGAAUUUAUUGUUCUAAAUGUGGUACUUCUGGGACUUCUUAGCCGUUUUUGGUUUGUAUAUUUUAUAAUAAGUUUAAUUGUAUUUAAGAGACUCCAUUGCUGCCCUAGACUUCCAGUAUGAUAAAAUGUAGAAAGUGACUUAACAGUGGGAUGAUGUUGAUGUCUGAUGCUGUGAAAAAUCAUAAAGAAUUUAAGAAAGAAAAAUCCAGAGCUGUCAAAUAAGAACAUUUUGAUUAAGUGUAUGUCAAAGUGGGAGGAGUAAUGCAGGGAAUGAAAUGUUGGCUAAUUUUCGUAAUUGCCACUUUGCACACACCACUCAUAAUAAAUCUUGAUUCACAGAACAAAAUUAAAACUGUGAAAUAUAUAUUUAGAAAACUUGCAUUUGAAUCUUAUAAGCUUAUACACAUGUCCAGUAUUUUCAGCUCCUGCACUGAAUUCACCCACACAUACCAAAAUAUAAUUAUUUAUUUAUUUAUUUUUUUAAAAAAGCUUUCAUCAAAACUGGAAUAUGUAGUUUAAUGCUGGCAAGAGUUCCCUUCAUGAAGACAAAAUUGGGAGUGCUGCACAACCUGAUAGAAGCCAGAUAUUCACUUUGUAUCUUCUUAUUGAAAGCACCACUCAUAUUUUUGAACAUAUUAAGUUAGAGAUGCAGUUGAGAAAUAUGCUCCUUUUGUAGAUAUCUGAAAGUUCAUGUUUGAAGAAGUUUGGAUAUGUGAUAUAAAUGUAGAAGCAGUUAAGUAUUAUUACGAAGGGGUGGGCUGCAAAUGGCUGCAGUUUUAGGUAACUGUUCUAGGAAGCAUGGACUUGGGACCUUUACACUGUACCUUGUGCAAAGUCAGUCAGUGCUUUACGUGAGAAAUCAUGAAGAAUUCAAGAAAGGAAAAGCCAGAGCUGUCAAAUAAGAACAUUUGAUUAAGUGUAUGUCAAAGUGGGAGGAGUAAUGCAGGAAAUGAAAUGUUGGCUAAUUUUCAUAAUUGCCACUUUGCACACACCACUCAUAAGAAAUCUUGACUCACAGAACAAAACUAUUACAGUGAAAUAUAUAUUUAGAAAACUUGCAUUUGAAUUGCUGCAGUUAUAGGUAACUGUUCUAGGAAGCAUGGACUUGGGACCUUUGUACACUGUAACUUGUGCAAAGUCAGUGCUUUGCGUGUCCCAUGACAUAGAAUAAUUAGUCACAAUAUUAAAACCAGCUCCCUGUUGAGCAGCCAAAACAGCUUGAUGCAUUUGAGCAUGGACUCCAUAAGACUCUGAAUGUGCCCUGUGGUAUCUGGCACAAAAACAUUAGCAGCUGAUCAUUUGUGUCCAGUAAGUUGUGAGGUGGAGGUGGUUCCAGCACAUCCCACAGAUGCUUAAUUGGAUUGAAAGGCAAUACCUUGAACUCUUUUUGUGAUAUUCCUCAAACCUAUCUUGAACAAUGUUUGCAGUGUGGCAGGGUGCAUUAUCCUGCUGAAAGAGGCCACUGCCAUCAUGGAACACCAUUACCAUGAAGAGGUGUCCAUGGUCUGCAACUAUCUUUAGGCAGGUGGUAUGUGUCAAAGUAACAUCCACAUGAAUUACAUUACUGUUUCCCAGCAGAACAUUACUCAGAGCAUUAAACUGCCUCCAUGGGCCGGCCAACUUCCCAUAGUGCAUCCUGCUUCCAUCUCUUCCCCAAGUAAACAACGCACAUGCCCCCAGCCAUCCACCUGAUCAGACUAGGCAAACUUCUUCCAUUGCUUCUCCAGUUCUGACGCUUCUGUCCCCACUGAAGGCACUUUCAGUGGUAUACAUGGAUCAUCGUGGGCACUCUGACUGGUCUGUGGCUAUGCAACCCCAUAAGCAGAAAACUGUGAUGCACUUGUGUUCUGACACCUUUCUAUCAUGGCUAGCAGUAAAGGGACUCUCCAGUGCCAGGAAAACAAACAGUUUUCCUGGCACUGCAGGUCCCCCCUCCCAUUCCCCAUCCCAAGUUGCUGAAGGGGUUAUAACUCCUUCAAUGACUUGCCUGUAUCCAGCGCUGAUGUCCCUUCGGCACUGAGUCAAGGUCCGCCCACGCUCCUAUUGCGCAUGUGCGGGCGGGGGAGACAUAAUGUGCAUGCGCGACAAUGCCGCGCACGCGCAUUAGACCUCCCCAUAGGAAAGCAUUUAAUAAUGCUUUCAAUGCUUUCCUAUGGAGAUUUCGGCGACGCUGGAGGUCCUCACAUAGCGUGAGGACGUCCAGUGUUGUUAGAACACGAAAAGUGUGUUAUAUAAACACAGAAGUGUCCCCUAGUGGCUUUCUAGUAGACCGCCACUAGAGGAGGACUUAACCCUGCAAGGUAAAUAUUGCAGUUUAUCAAAACUGCAAUUGUUACACUUGCAGGGUUAAGGGUAGUGGGAGUUAGCACCCAGACCACUCCAAUGGGCAGAAGUGUUCUGGGUGCUUGGAGUGUCCCUUUAAGUUUUUCAGCAAUUUGAGCUACAGUUGCUCUUCUGUGUGAUCGGACCAGAUGGGCUAGCCUUAAUGAUCCUUGAGCACCUAUGACCCUGACAAAGAUUGUCCUUCCUUGCACCACUUUUAAUAGGUACGAAACUGCAUACCAGGAACAUCCCACAAGACUUAACAUUUUGGAGAUGCUCUGACCCAGUAACGAUAUAAUCAAUGUUAUUCACUUCACCUAUCAGUGGUUUUAAUGUUUUGACAGGUCAGUGUACCUAAGGGGCUUAUUUCGUUGGAGCUUGUAUCUUUUGUAUUUUUUGUCCCUUAUCAUUUUGAAAAUGAAAUAGUUCAUAUCUGAUCAUUGUCAGAAAUAAAUUUCAUACUCCUAAAAAGCCAAUUCAGCCACUACAACUCAUUGUAAUUGUUUGUUCCAAUUAGUCUUUUAAGCUACCUCAGACUCUCGGAACAAACAAUUGUUGAAUAGUUUUUGACAGACAAUGCAGAAGUUUAUCUUCAAAAAUCAUCGGAGGCUACACAAGGGGCAGGUCUCAGGGUGCUGGAUAAGGCCUUUUUGUGUCAAAAAAUGAUUUAGUAGAAACCAGGAGAUGGUACCCAAAGACUCAUAAACAUUACAAUUAACUAUAGUGUUCUCGUAAAUAUGUGUAAUUUGUACUUUCCAUGAUGCACAUAUAUAUAUAUAUAUAUAUAUAUAUGUAUGUUCUGUGCACUAGAAAGGACUUGUACAAUCAAGGACAAUUGGGUUAUUUAAAAUGUGCUUAAAGCUGCUGAACUGGGAUCAAAAAUAAAAUCUAGAUUAAGUUUAGAUAAUCUUGUUUUGAGAUAAGCCAUUUUUAAGUUGACCUAUAUCAUUAUGCUUUUUAAAUCCAACUUUAAAUUAUGUUUUCAUCUAUUUUAAUUUUUCUUUCGUAGGGUUUUGUACAGAGGUAUCUUAAAAAAGCUAGUAUCAUUAUAUGAUUCACAAUUUUCAUUGCAACAAGAGAUAUCCAGUUUCCAGAAUAUGCCUUAUAUAAACUUCACUUUUCCUGCCAAAAUGGAAGAUUAUCUUGGACCUGUGUUCACUGAUCUAGCUGGGAGAAAGCUGCCUAAAAUAACGUCUAAGAAAGAACUGCCAAAAUUGCUAAAUAAAAUGUUUUUAUCCCGUGAGUCGAAUUCUAAAGUGGGAGCGCUGAAGAAACCAUUAGAUAUGCCUGAAGCUAGGAUAGAAGUUAUUGAUUUGGGGAGACCCAUGGACGCUCGUUCUUCUAACAGAGGUAAACAGAUACGAUAUUUUUUUAUCAUAAAAGUUUUUUUCAAUGCACACUGUUUUUUUUGUUGUGUUUUUUUUGUGCUGCAUUUUAUCCAUGUUUUUUUUUUUUUAUUUAUCUGAUUCCUCCAAUUAGAUGCCAUGAAUCUCUGAAGCCUCACUUUGGAAAUAGUUAAAUGAGGAGUAAAGCAUAUUUCUGUCCCCUCUCACCUUUCUGCAGUCCAGUUUUGCUCCCAGUGCUUUCUCUGUAGAAGCUAUUCUGGACAAUUAAGCCAAUAAAGUUCUUGGUCAAUCUUUUAGGAUGGAAGCCCGUUAGACUGACUAGUGUAAAACAUAUACUGUUCUAGUCAAAUGUCAGUUACACUUGCUGAAAAGUAUGUUUCAUUCAUUCUUUACAUUGAUUAACUUUCAGAAAAUCUUAAAACAUAAUUUAGUGUCAUAUCUGUGUUUUUCAAGAGUUAGAUGGAGAAGUGAAAUGGACAAUUCAAUCUAACAACUUGGCCUGUCCGGUCUGCGGCAUGAUCUCAGGAUGUGUAUAGGAUUAAUAUUUUGAGACAAUAUCCCAAGGUCUUACACAACUGUAUUUUCAAUCAUUUACUUAGUGAAAAUGUAAACAGUUGUCCAAUGCUCAUGUUAAGCAUCCUAUGUACAAUGGAGAUGUUGUUGGCUUGGCUUACCAUGAACUUUGCAAAGAUCUUCAGAUUAAGGACAUGCAAAGCAGCCGUGGACACUUCCAAGCACCUGUAAUACAUUUUAGAAAUAAAAAAUAAAACUAUGGCAAAAAUUUCCCUGGGUUGUUCCUUCUAACCGUGAUGUCUAAUUAGAGAAGAUUGCAGCUCUAAAGUAAAAUAUAAUUUUUUUUAUUUUUUUUAUUUACAUUUUUUUUUUUUUGUAAAUGCACAUGUGCUGCCCAGUCUUCCCACUCUUCAGUCUUCUCAUUCAUAGACUUUUCAUUGAACUAUAGUUCAGCUCAAUUAGAAGCUGCAGAUCGGUUAUACACGGGGACAUUGCAUCUGGGAGGAAAAGCCAGGUGCGCUCUAGCAGAGUAUGCCUGCCAUUUCCGUUGGCUCUGUGGUACUAAUGAAAGUGGAAGACCGUCGGGGAGGCAUUUUUGUUAUUUUGAAAUGUGCUUAUUUUAAACAGAAAAGAGUACUAUUAAAAACUUUUGUGCAGAGUGCCCUUUAAAAAAUGUAUACUUUAUUUUUAUUAUAAUUGGUGUCCUUAUUGUUGCUUUUGUAAACAGGCACGUUGGGAACCUUUGAUGUCAAGACAUUAUGCAAGUCUCUCAAAUCCAAAACUCUACAAGUAAGAUUUUCUAUUUUUUUAAAAGUGGUUUUUGUAUAAAAAAAACAGAAGGUAAGCGCUAAUUUAUAAACACUGUCAGUGGACAGCAACCUUAAAGAAGGGAAUCCCUCUAACCCUUCAAAAAGACAGGGAGUAGUACAAAGGCAGAAAAGGCUGCGCCAAUAAGGUAAAGUCUCUCUAAUGUAACAGGAUAAAACAGGGUGCAAUCCUCAGGAGUUUGUAGUCAGAAAAUAAAAUAAGUCUCAAUAUAAAACAGGAUAAAAUGGAGUGUGAUCCUCAGGAGUUGAUCCGUCCGGAUGGUUAAAAUAUCUGUAUAUGUGGAGAGAUAAAAAACAACCAAUAGUGCGAUAUGCCAAAAUCCAGGAAUAGGUAUUGUAGCAAAAGCAGGUAAUACACUCAAAUUUAAUAGAGCUAUAACCAGCUCUGGAGUGGAGGGCGUACAGUGGUAUGAUCGCCACUUAAAGGAUAUACAGGAAGGGUGUGGUCGUCAGUACAGUCUGUGUUCUCACGGCUCCGAAUAGUGGUAAGAAAACAAUAGUGCUCUCAAUAUGAUAAAAAUGAGAUAGAAAUAAUUAAAAUUAUACUCCCAAAUAUAGAGCAGACAAUACUGCUCUAUUGAUAAGGCGUUGGUGGAAUGAUCCCCACCUAGGAUUUAUUUGAGUUUAAAUGCAUUUUUUUAUUUUAUCUAUUUUUAUCCGUCCUGGCAAUUUUAUCUGUUCCUGAACUCAAAAAUCCUAGGUGGGGAUCAUUCCACCAACGGCUUAUCAUUUUUAUCAUAUUGAGAGCACUAUUGUUGUUUCCUUACCACUAUUCGGAACCGUGGAUAUCCAGACUGUACUGAUGACCACACUCUUUAUUUCAUCUACCCUAUUGUACAGCGCUACGAAAUUUGCUGGCGCUCUAUAAAUAAUAAAAUAAUAAUGUAAUGCAUUAAGAAAUGACAGGAGGACAGGGAUCAGGAUCAGAGUGUAUGUGAUGCAUUAAAAAAUAUGCUGUUAUAAGCAACUAUAAUGUUAUCAGCAAAACACAAAGCGGUAGGUCUACUAAGUGAUACAAGCUCUAACACCUGUGAGGUAUCCCCUACACCUUUAAAUCAUAUAUAACACACAAACAAUAGGUGGAGCAAGUAUGGCAAAUAAAAAUAUACUUCUCUCUCUUCUUACUUUGUCACUGUAAAGAUAGAGAGGUACAUAAUAGUGCAGAUACCUUAAUACAUAAUAUGGAAAAUAAGUAUAACUUAAACACACUCACAAACAUAGAGCCAUAUACUGAACCUGGCUCUGGUGUGAAUUUCCUUAGGAUCUCUUUAGGGUGAUCCAAACCCUCUUUGUUGAUACUCUGGAAAAGUGGAAAUAUUCCUUCCCAAAGAUAAGCAGCUAAGAUAAGGAUGCUUGCCAAAAUUUUUUAUUUAUAAAUACACUGGAUAAAACACUUCAUAAAAUAGAAGUUUAAAGUCUACUAUUGUCCAAUUCUGUGCCAAAACGCGUUUUGCCAAAAUGUGGCUUCCUCAGUUGGCGUAGAUAAUGCUGUUCCGUCUUUUAGUACCUUAAAUACCUGCAUUAUUUUCAGUCUUUUGUGGUGGAACGCAUCCUGCAUCCUGCGUUCCAUCUGCGACUUCCUGGUUCCCUGUAUCGUGUCCGGUCAUGUGUGCUUAAUAUUUUGUGGUGAAACGCAUCCUGAGUCUCACUCUCUACUUCCUGGUUCUCUGUAUAAUUGUCCGGUCACGUGUAUUUAGUCCGAUCACAUGAUUUUUGAGAUCGGCUUAAAAAAAAUUACAUAUUGCAUUUCAAAACAUCUAGAAAGAGAGAUUAAAUAUCUAAAAGAGAUAUUAUGGUUCUUAUAUAUGUUUUAAAAAAAAAAAAAGUGUAAUCAUUUCAAAAAACCUUUUACUCUAUAUAGAAAAUGGUAUAGAGACAGAAAUAUUUUAAACUUCAUAUAUAAAUUUCUUAAAGAGACAGAAUGUCACCACAAGACAUCACUAUUUAAAAAAAAAAAAAACAAAGUGAGGGAGGUGAGUGGUGGAUUUUCAUUGGUAAAAUACAUAUUUCUCAAAUGUGAUGACUGUAUUGUUAAUUAAAAAACCCAAAGAGUAAAGAAUUUAUAAAUAAUUAAAAUUGUAUUUAAUUAAGAAUCUUUUAUAUUAAAAAAUGGCAAAGCUCAAAAUCUUGAUUCAGACCGUAAGGGGCAAGUGUCUUAAAAUUAUAAAUACAUUUCAUUUCUUCUUCUCCUAUUUUUCUAUUAAAAUCUCCUCCCCUCCAAUCUUUCUGUAUCAAUUUAAUAGCAGCAAAGAAAGUAUUUUUGGAUUACUAUUAUGGUAUGUUUUAAAAUGGUCAGAGACACUAUGUGUUUCUAUGCCUUUUUUUAAUGUUCUUUACAUGUUCCGAUAUUCUAAUGUUCAAGCAUCUAGUGGUUCUUCCUACAUAAAUAAGGUUGCAAGGGCAUUUUAAAAUAUAAAUAAAAAUUUUUGAAAAGCAGGUCAGUUGAUCUUUAAUAUAAAAUACUUUAUCAUUUUGGUAAUUAAAAGAUAUGUCUUUUUUUUUUUCUGACAAGUUUCUCUGCAAGCUAAAUAGCCGCAUCCAUAGAAAGUUGUUUGUGUGUUAUAUAUGUUAUCAGCAACUGUUUAAAAAAAAAGCUUUGCAGAUAUAAUAUCGCAAAAAUAAAGCUUCACAUAAUGGUCGCACACCGCCUAGUGAUCGCACCCCCAUUUGUAAGGAAAGGUGUUUGGCAUAAAAUCUACGACUAUUAUUCGGUGAAAUACAGUACUGUGGAUUUUUACCUGCAAAUUUUAGCUUGCCUCAGUGCUAUUUUGCAUAAUCCAUUAGAUUUUUAGAGACAAAAUGUUAUAAACAUAAGCAUCAUCAUUUUAGGAAAGUAAAAAAUUAGACAAACAUUUAAAACAAGUGAAAACAAGCAUGAGAGAUGUUCUGAGAUAUUCUAAGCAUGUUUAUAUCACAAAAUAUACAAUAUUAUCGAUGACUCAGAAUAAUUUUCUUGCCUUUUAUAUUUGUAUCCAUCUUUAGAUAUGGCUAGAGAAGAAUUCUUAUAUUUUUUACUUUUUUCAUCCAUAUAUGUUCACAAAAAUGGUAAAUCGUCCCUUUAUACUGUGUUUAUAACUGUGUUUGAAAUGGAGAGGGGGGACCUCCUGCUUGAAAAACCUAUUUAGACUAAUCUUAUUAAAACGAAACCCUGCCUUUUUAUUAACAUUGCUUUCCUUACACAGAAGGACAUUUCCAAUCAAAGCCCCAGGGCAUCUAGGAAAACAUGGGCUUCUUCAUCUGCGGAUAGAAUCAAAGCAAAAUGUGUUAGACAUAUUGUACCGAAAAUUAAAAAAGCAGAUUGUUUCCGAGACCUGUGUGAGCAGCUCCAGCAUGCUGUAGCAUGGUGCAAACAAAAGCGACUGGCAGCAGAGUUCAUGUUCUUCAGAAAUAAAUAUCUGAGAAGUAACAGAUGGAUGCACACUGAAGUACAAGGAUACUGGUAUGAGCAAAGCUUCCCACUAUGAUCUUGAUUCCAUUGGCAAAUUGAAAUUUGUACUUAUUUUUUUAUUUUAUUUAUUAUUACUUCAAUUUUAAAUUGUUAGCAAGUAGAUAACUUUGGAUAACUAUAGAUUUUUAAUAAUUUUUUUUAAAUAGAAAGCAGCUGUGAAUUGUUAGCAUACAUGUAGAAUUUACAAGAGUCGCAGUUGUGACUGUGACCCCAUUGAUGUAAUGUCUAGUUCAGGGCUCGACAAAUCCCAGGUCGCCAUAGCGCCUAGGAAUUUGGCCUAGGCAUCUGGGAUAUGUGAGCCUGGUGGCGGAAGGCCGGCUGAGGAAUUAUGGAGCCGGACGGCAAGUUGGGUGUUCGUGGAGGUGGGCAGCUGGCUGCCGCAAAUAGGCGCCGGCGAGGGAGGCGUGAUGUCUCUGCUCCCAUGUGCGCCGCUUAGUAAGACCGGUGCUGAAAUAUGGCGUCUUAUUACAGCCCCCAUCUUACUGAGCGGCGCGCGGGGGAGCAAAGAAGAGACAUUACUGCUCCGUCGCAGUCGGCAACAAUACACACAGCCAGCUGCUCGCCUUCACGAGCACCCAGCAUGCCGCCCGCCUGCCUGACCACCCAGCCGCCUACUGGACCCCACAUUGUUUGUCUGUCAUAGUGUGAGUAUAUGGGUCUCUGUUAUACUGUUUCUGUCUGUCUGUUGUCUGUCAUGGAGUGUGUGUGUGUGUCUCUCUCAUGGUAUGCGAGUGUAUCUAUCUAUCAUUGUGUGUGUAUGGGUCUGUCUGUCAUGGUGUGUGUGUAUGGAUCUGUCUGUCAUGUUACAUGCGUGUGUGUCUGUCAUCGUAUUUGUCUGUCAUGGUGUGUGUGUGUUUGUUUAAGUUACCCGACUACUUUCGUUCACAAAGGAAUGGUGUUUUUAUUUACUUUUUUUUUUUUUUUUUUAACGCCGACUGGCCUUGCCUCUAUGGUUGAGAUAAUCAAGCUUGAUGACCUCAGUCAAUCCAAUGUUUUCCUAUAGAAUUGGCUGCAAAACACUGCACCAAUCAGCCUCUCCUCAUAGAAAUGCAUUGAAUCAAUGCAUCUCUAUGGGGAACAUUCAGCGCCUCCAUGUAGAGCAUGGAGACGCUGAAUGUAGGUGCUACACACUGUGCAGCACUGACACAGGAAACACCUCUAGUGAACAUCUGAGUGACGGUCACUAGGAAGUAAUGUAAACAUUGCCUUUUCUCUGAAAAGUCAGUGUUUACAUCGAAAAGCCUGCAGGGACAGGAUAUAGGCACCAGAACCACUCUAUUAAGCUGUUGUGGUCUUGGUGACCAUCGUGUCCCUUUAAGAAUUUUAUUUUUGUUGUUGGAUAUAAAGCUAUGGCUCCUAAAGAAAAUAAAGGAAGAAAGUAUACUUACUGGCUCCUAACUUUUUUAGCUGGCGCUCUGGUCUAAUUGCUUAUAUCCUGUGAAUAAUUACGUCUGUUCUAACAACCUAGGGAUGUUCGUGAAUAUGGCCAAAUUCUGCUGGCACUACUAGGUUGGAGGUCACAGAUCUUAUACCUAUUCUAGGGACAGACCACUGAGUUCAUGUCCAAUAAUAUAUUAAUAUAAUGUUCAUAUUUUUAGUUUUCUGUUGGCUCUGUCUCCUGCUAAGAACAUCAUACUUGUUUUCAUUGGGUAUUACAUUUGCUGCAUACUCCUGUUUACAAAGCACAGACUCACCCUGUCCAAAACCGCUACAAUCAAUCAUUUUGUCUUUCUCUCCGCACUGCUAUUGCUGCUCUCACAUAAACCCUGCCCCCUUUUCCACUUGCAGGCAUUGCUUUCACUUAGGCUGAAGGCAUGCAGAAGAGCAUUUUCCCUGAUAAAACAUGCAAAGCACAGUUUUUUUUUUUUUUUAUCUGACAUGACUAAAUUGACUGACAUUAGGGAAAAGGGUUGGUUUUGACCUCUGAGAAAUCUGGAAAUUUGCUAGCACGAGGUAUAGAUGAACAUUGUUUCUAUAUUUAUUAGAAAUAAGUUGUAUUUGUCAUAAAGGUAUUUAUGUUAUUACCUUAAAAUCUAGUUCUGUAUAAAUAUAUGAAAAUAAACCAGACCAAGAGAGGUGUGCUCAAAUGAUCAAAAGUAAACCUAUCAAAAGCUUUGGUGUUCUUCCUAACAUUACAUUGUGUAGCCAAUUGGCAAAUAAAACAAAAAACAAGUAAAAGUGCAGAUCAAUUGAACAACAAUGCUGGGAAAAUAAUAAACAGACAUUCAAGUAAAUGUGAUGAAAUAUAACUCUUGUGUACAGAUGAGGUGAAGAAGAGAGAGACAAAUGAGAAAAAAAACAAAAAACCUUUUAAUAAAAAAAAAAAAAAGCAUAAAUUGCUUACUUGUAGGUAUAUAUAAAUUUGGGAGUUAAGAUUCACCGUGGACAGUAGUCUAUAUAAGUACCAAAGAGGAAGUGGUAUGGCUGACAUGGCGUUUUAAAGGAACAUUAUAGGGUCAGGUACACAAAUGUAUUCCUGACCCUAGUGUUAAAAACAUUAUCUAGCCCCCCUGGCCAUCCCCUUGCCCUCCCUAAAUAUAGUAAAAUCUUACAUUUAUUGCGGUCUGCUGGCACUGGCUCCGCCACGAUCCGUCUCCUUGGCUACAUUAUCAGAAGUGAUGAUCUCUGCCAAUCACAAUGCUUUCCAAUAAUUCUGAUGACCUCAGCCAAGUAGGUAGGUUGGGGGGGGCGGCAGAACCAUAUGUCGCACUGGCCAAUCAGCACCUCCUCACAGAGAUGCAUUCAAUCAAUGCAUCUCUAUGGGGAAAGUUCAGCGUCUCCAUGCAGAGGGUGGAGACGCUAUAUGGCACAGUGUGCAGCACUGCCGCAGGAAGCCCUUCCAGUGGCUAUCUGUGGAGCACCCAAUAAAGGUAUCCUUAGGCUGUAAUGUGAACACUGCCUUUUCUCUGUGGAAGUACUACAAGUUAAACACGUAAUUACUGAUAGCAGCAUUAGGAGGGGAGUUGAAAAUUGGUCACAAGGAGCCUAGAGCAAGGAUGCCCAAAAGAUCAAUCCCCAGAUGUUAUAGAACUACAACUCCCUUAAUGGUUUGUAUGGCAAAGCAACAAGGAAGUUGUAGUUUUAAAACAUUUGGGAUCUACCUUUUGGGCAUCAAUGGUCUAGAGCAGGGGUAGGCAACAUAUGACACGUGUGCCAUGUACGGCACUCAAAGGUGUCUUUGCAUAGCACUCAAGGCUGCUAGAGCCAAACAGGCUCUGGCCUAUCAGAAAUCCCAGUGAAACUUAAGAUAUCUGCUAAUACGAAAAGGUGGUGAAGGACAAUCCUCAAUGUAUGCAUUGCAGCACGUAGAGGAAGUGAUCUCAAAUCACUUCCUCACAGCACUUGUGAAUGGGAAUCCACACUGUAGUAGAGCAGCCUGCAGCUGCCAUUGCAGCUCCUGUCUCUGACCUGUACUGGGUCAGGCUGGUCCCCAUUGGAACCCAGGGAAGCCACCCAUGAACUUGAACUCCAUUUUUCAUAUGUACACAGAUUGUAAAUAAUUGUAUAUAUUUUGGGAUGUAUAUACGAUGAAAUUGUUUAAAUUGAUGAAUUUAUAAGGAAAUCACUUCUCAUUACUCACUCAUGAAUUUAUAAAUAGUUUUUGUACAAUAAAUUUUCUUGGCAUAUAUAUAUUAAUUGAUUCUUAUCUUUUUUGAGUGCGGUAUUGUAUUUAUGGAUAUAAUUUGUGCAUUUUUUGAGGUUGUUCUGGGAAACACCUCCAAUACCAGCACCAUUUAGUAGCAGAGUGCCAACACACAUUGAAGUUUUUUUGUAAAUGGUUUCCUAGUUUUUUGUUUUUUUUUCAUGCUGAUAUUUGUUUCCUCUAUUUGUUUUAAGUGUGUUACCAUGACACCUCAAAUACCUAACAUGUCGGCUCACGCAGCCUGCACACACAUGGUGUUAAACCAUUACUCUCCUACUGACAUAUUCUACCUGUAUAUAACCAUCAUACAAAAAUUGUGCAGAACCUUCAAAUGUUAUAAGUAUGCCUAACCUGACAUGUUUCCGUGUGCUUGUUCCAGCUGUUGUGGCUCAACGAGCAUGUUUGUAUCAAUCCUACGUACUACAAAAAAAAAAAAUUGUUUCCCAAUGUUUACAUUUAAUUAAACGUGCUGUAUAUAUAGCCAACUCUGGGCUCUAUGUCCUGUAAGUGGCUAACACUAUAUAACCCAUCUUAUCUAUAGACUAGAGUUAUACUUCAUUAUAUUAAUUUAUAAGAACUUCUGCUCUUUUUUUCUUUUUCUCUAGCAUUGUUUAUUUGAUAUACACUAUUUAUAUAUUUCUUGUUUAAUUGGCAACACAAUGCAAUGUAUGGAAGAACAUCACAACUUGAUAAAUAUUAUUUUAUUCAUUUUGAGUGCAUCUCUAUUGGUUUGAUUUGGUUUUUAGCAGAGUUCUUAGCUGUUUGUAUUUUUGCUGUUGCAUACUUAUUAUUAAAAAAAAAAUUAUAUCCACAUUACUUUAUUAUGUUGCAGAAAUGUAAUUAAUUUUUUUUUCUUUCCAUGUAGCCUGAAGAAUAAACUAAAGCAUUUGAAAAAGUCAAUCUGUCACAGCUUGCAUAAAGGAAUUCUUAAAUCAAACCAAACAUGCCGUCGGUUGGAAUCACAUUGCUUUCAAAGAACAUGGAAAUACAAGGUCACACAUUCAGGAAGGACUAAACCACCAAACUAUGGACAGUUUUAUAAUACAUAUUCUCAACCAGCAUCUGAAAGGAAAGGCUCAGAAAGGUCUGGGUUGUGUUUAGAUUUAGUUCUUCAUAAACAAGGGGUGUCAUCUACUAUUACUGAAACUACUUCUCUAGCUGGUGCUUUGGAAACUAAAUGUAGAAAGGACAAUUCAGACGAUUACGUUACCACUAAUACAGAUGACAUUGACGAUAUAUUUUCAUCAAUUGGUAUUUAGAAAGUAUAUUCAUUCUUUCCAAAUUUUCUGUUGGAUUUUACUACAGUGAUGUGAAUAAAUAUCACAUUAAUAUUGUUUUUUUGUUUGUUCCUGUUUGCUAUUCACCAAACCAGUGUACUUUUGGUGUUUUCUUUGUAUGCAG